AUGGAUAAACUCAUGAAAUCAUUAAACUCGGUUAUUGAGUCCGCAAAAGAAGCAGGAUUUAAUGCGCAUAUUAACGAAAAUAAUGCAUUUGAAACCACUGAAGAUUCGUUAGCACAGCCAGAAGUAAAAUUGGAAGUAGUACAAGAAACAAAUCAACUCCAACCACAAAGCAACAUGGCACAAUGGGGGAAUGGAUAUGUUCCAGGAAAAUAUGGUUAA